CAAAUGUUGGGACACCUAGAGGUUGAAGUUGAAGGACCACCGAAUGUGAUUUAUGCAAGCUUGGAUACUUGGGAGCAUUUUGAUAAGGUUCUGACUUGUGUCAUCAAGACCGGUAUUGUUAGGCCUAAUGCCAGUCCCGUGAUCGGCUAUUCACUUGAGCGCUUCAGAUAUUCAAAUAUUCGUUUGAGCUCGUCCGAUUGUCGGCAUACUACACUAUCCAGCUGAUAUCUUUGAAUUCCCCUGGAAUACACUUUGUCCUAUCACCCGGAAUCUUAGUGUCCCACAUGUACUGUGAAGCAUCAGAUUGCUUACACCCUUCGCUUCCAGAAACAUGUCUCAUUCAUGGUUCAUUUCUAACCCUCAUUCACUUACAGCCGUAUUCCUCUGAAUUCCCACUGCAUUCACUGUUCAAUACAAACAUACCU